AAAACUAAAAAGUAAACAACAAAAAAUCCCCGUCUUUUGGUAAAAAAAGAUAGAAAAAGGGAAAAAUUUGGUAACUCUAAUAUAUUAGGAUUAGGAUAUGAAAAGACGGGAACAGAACAGAAGAGACUCAAAAACGGAAUCCUAAUUCUAUAGUCUUUAUAUAUUCUGCUUCGUUUCCAUAAAUCCUCAUAUUUACUUUUCUUCACAAAGAAAGAAAAACAAAACAACCCUUGUCUUUUGCAAUCAAAGGUAUAAAUGAAUCCAGAAAAUUUUACUCACAAAACAAGCGAAACAUUUGCUGGUGCGCGUAAGCUAGCAAUAUGUUCAGGACAUGCUCAGCUGACUCCCAUACACAUUGCAUCAACUCUAAUUUCUGAUCCUAAUGGUAUAUUUUUCCAAGCGAUUUCCAAUGUUGGUGGUGAAGAAUCUGCGCAUUCCGUGGAAAGAGUUUUAAAACAAGCAUUGAAGAUAUUGCCCAGUCAAUAUCCUCCACCAACUGAUGUACAUGUACCAUUAAGCUUUCCCCUUAACACACUAAUUAUAAGAGCACAGGUGGAAGCACUGAAGUCGGGCAGUGACACUCGUUUAGCUCUUGAUAAAUUGAUAUUGGGAAUUCUUGAUGAUUCUCAAAUUUCAGACUUGUUGAAAGAAGCUGGUUUGGCUACUUCUAUGGUUAAAUUAGAGGUUGAAAAGCUUCGUGGUACAGAUGGGAAAAAAUAUGGUUGUGGUUUUGAUGACAGGAAUUUUAAAGCAUUGAUAACUUAUGGUAGAGAUUUGGUUGAACAAGCAGGGAAACUUGAUCCUGUUAUUGGACGCGAUGAAGAGAUAAGAAGGGUUGUGAGGAUUUUGUCGCGAAGGACUAAGAAUAAUCCUGUUGUUAUAGGUGAGCCGGGAGUUGGUAAAACGGCCAUUGUUGAAGGAUUGGCUCAGAGAAUAGUUAGAGGAGAUGUUCCUAGCAAUCUUGCUGAUGUUAGCUUAAUUGCUUUAGAUAUGGGAGCAUUAGUUGCAGGUACUAAGUAUAGGGGACAAUUCGAAGAAAGGUUGAAGGCGGUUUUGAAAGAAGUGGAAGAUGCUGAUGGGAAGGUUAUUGUUUUCAUCGAUGAAAUUCAUCUUGUUCUCGGUGCUGGUCAAUGUUCAGGAUCAAUGGAUGCUGCUAAUCUUUUCAAACCUAUGCUUGCUCGUGGAACCCUUAGAUGCAUCGGUGCUACGACACUUGAUGAAUAUAGGAAAUAUGUUGAAAAGGAUGCAGCAUUUGAAAGAAGGUUUCAACAGGUUUAUGUUUCUGAACCUAGUGUGCCCGAUACGAUUAGUAUUCUUCGUGGACUAAAAGAGAAAUACGAAGGUCAUCAUGGUGUUAGAAUUCAAGACCGUGCAAUUGUUGUUGCAGCUCAGUUGUCUAGUCGGUACAUAACCGGGCGUCGUCUUCCUGAUAAGGCGAUUGAUUUAGUUGAUGAAGCUUGUGCAAAUGUUCGAGUUCAGCUCGAUAGUCAACCAGAGGAAAUUGACAACCUUGAACGAAAGAGAAUGCAACUCGAAGUGGAACUUCAUGCUUUGGAGAAAGAGGAGGACAAAGCGAGCAAAGCCCAUCUUGUAGAUGUGCGGAAAGAGCUUGAUGACUUAAGAGACAAGCUUCAACCUCUGAUCAUGAAGUAUAGAAAAGAGAAAGAUAGGAUUGAUGAGAUUCGAAAGCUGAAGCAGAAACGUGAAGAGCUUCUCUUUGCUUUACAGGCGGCUGAGAGGCGAUAUGAUCUAGCAAGAGCUGCAGACCUACGUUACGUUGAAAUUGUUGAAGUGGAAAAUUCAAUAAAAGAGCUUGAAGAUAGCACUGACGGGAACAAAGACAUGAACUUGAUGUUGACAGAAACUGUUGGACCCGACCAAAUAGCUGAGGUUGUUAGCCGAUGGACUGGUAUACCGGUAACUCGUCUAGGCACAAAUGAGAAAAAAAGGUUGGUUGGAAUUGGUGACAGAUUGCACAAUAGAGUUGUCGGACAAGACAAAGCAGUUAAGGCUGUUGCUGACGCUGUAUUGAGAUCGAGAGCUGGAUUAGGAAGACCUCAACAACCAACUGGAUCCUUUCUAUUCCUCGGUCCAACUGGUGUCGGUAAAACAGAACUUGCUAAGGCUCUUGCUGAACAACUCUUUGAUGAUGAAAAUCUGUUGGUUAGAAUUGACAUGUCUGAAUACAUGGAACAACACUCGGUAUCACGACUGAUUGGUGCACCACCAGGGUAUAUCGGACAUGAUGAAGGUGGACAAUUAACCGAAGCUGUAAGGAGAAGGCCUUACAGUGUGAUACUUUUCGAUGAAGUGGAGAAAGCCCAUAAAUCUGUAUUCAACACUCUACUUCAAGUCUUGGAUGAUGGGAGAUUAACCGAUGGACAUGGAAGAACUGUGGAUUUUAGGAACACGGUCAUUAUCAUGACAUCAAACCUUGGUGCCGAGCAUCUCCUAAGUGGACUUUCAGGGAAAUGUACCAUGCAAGUUUCUCACGAUCGAGUAAUGCAAGAAGUAAAAAUGCAUUUCAGGCCAGAGUUGUUGAAUCGGCUUGAUGAAGUUGUUGUAUUCGAUCCUCUUUCUCAUGAACAAUUGAGGAAGGUUGCAAGGAUGCAAAUGAAGGAUGUCGCUAGUCGUCUUGCUGAGAAAGGAAUUGCAUUAACAGUUAAAGAUGCAGCACUAGAUUAUAUACUUGCUCAAAGCUAUGAUCCUGUGUAUGGUGCUAGACCAAUUAGAAGGUGGCUUGAGAAGAAUGUGGUGACAGAGCUGUCUAGGAUGCUUAUAACGGAAGAAAUUGAUGAGAAUACAACAGUUUACAUUGAUGCUGGUCCUAAUCAUUUGGCAUACACUGUGGAUAAGAAUGGAGGGAUUGUUAAUGGUGAAACUGGAAAUGGACUAAAAACUGAUCAGUGCUCAAGUGGUAAGGAAAAUGAUGAAAUGGAAGAGUAAAGUUAAUUAGUUGUUAUUAUUUUUCUUUUUUUUGGGAUAGAGUUACUUAUGUUUAAUUUGUGUUCUUCAUGAACUUUGGUUUUACAAUUCUCAUCAAUUUUGGAGGGAGUACUUGUUUUUUUUGUGAGUAGUAAGGUUUGAUAUUUUAAGUGUAUGUUGAGUAUCAUAUUUGAUAGAAAAAUGGAUGUUGAACACUGAGAGAAUCGAUAAACUUAAUGUCUUAAGGUUUAAUGUGAUGAUCUUGGACCCCCCCUUACGACCUAACAAUAGUAUCAGAGCCUAUUAUUGUACUAAAUCAUUGUGUCGAAAGUCUUUUUGACCAAAAUGUUUAGACGGCGUUUUCCGUAGAUGGAUCCCAACGACAGUGCAAGUGGAUGAAAAAACUUUCGUUUGAGGGGGACCAUGUCCAUAAAAUAUGGAUUGACUCACAUUUAAGGGGAGAGAUUGUUGAUAUUUCAAGUGUGAGUUGAGUCUCACAUUAGAUAGAAAAAUGGACGUUAAACACGUUAAACACUUUAUAAGUGAAAAAAUCCACAAUUUUAAUGCCUUGCAUAAUGGAGAGGAUCCUAACUCCACAAGGACAGAUGUUAGCAAUUUUCAAGAGUUCAGGUUUGUUUGAA